AAACAGCAAAGAGUUCCUGUCCCAAAGCAGAAGUCCAUAGACUAUCGUAGUCUCCAAUCUCACAAUCCUGUCCACGUCCACAGCCUGCUACUCCAACUGCGUCGCUGUUGUCCCCCCGAAAGCCACAAGUGGCAAUUCCAUCAUCCGGCUACAUUGCGACCUGACGUUGUCACAACAGCAUCCGCCUAGCCAUUAGCUGUAGGCUGCAUCGCCUGGUCUACGUAUGGACUUACCUUGACGGUCGAUUUGCUAUUGCUGUCGUGCGCUGCUCGUAGGCGUUAGCCCCGCAUCGCAAGAUGGGAUUCCUUGGAAUAUACAAAGCCAUAUACGACUACACCCCUCAGGGCGAAGGCGAGCUGACCAUAUCUGAAGGCGAUGUCCUGUAUGUGCUUGAGAAGAGCACUGAGGAUGACUGGUGGAAGGCGAAAAGGAAGGCUACAACUGAGGAGGAUGAUGAGCCGGUUGGACUAAUACCGAGCAAUUACAUUGAAGAGGUCAAACCAACACAGCAAGCUCGAGCUCUGUUCGACUAUACGCGACAAACCGACGAAGAGCUAUCAUUCAAGGAGGAAUCGCACCUUCAAGUGUUUGACACCACGGACCCGGAUUGGAUUUUGGUUGGACUUGAUGGUGAUUAUGGAUUUGCACCUUCCAAUUACAUCGAAGUUGAAGAGGAAGCCCCUCCGACACCUGCGAGGCCUGUUGCUGCGCAGAGACAACCAAGCGAGGAAUCGGAUGAUUUCAAUGCGCGAGAGCCAGAAGCUGCUGCAACUCCGGCGUCUGCCCUAGCCGGAGUGCUUCAAGGUAGACACCAGGCGGCGGAACCACCAAGACAACUCCCGCCGCGACCACAAUUGACCCCUGAAUCAUCUGAUGGGGAAGACGCACCCAUUCCUUCUCUCCCAGCGCGGCCUCAAUCCCAAACGAUACAAUCCCCUCGAUCUCCACCGCCUGCCGGCCCGAUUAUAUCUCCUCCUCAUAACCGCGUCUCGUUCGCUACUGGCGAUCACCCCGAUAAUGAUAACUAUGCACCUCGAACAUCGGGUGGCUUCCACCUUUAUAAUAUUAACGAAAUGGUAUCGGUUAUGGGCAAGCGAAAGAAAAUGCCAACUACUCUUGGAAUCAACCUGGCGACCGGUAUUAUAACCAUUGCGCCCGAGAAGACACGGGAUGGACCCCAACAGGAGUGGACUGCGGACAAGAUGACACAUUAUUCGAUUGAGGGCAAGCAUGUCUUUCUUGAAUUAGUAAAACCUAGCAAAAGCAUAGACUUUCAUGCCGGAGCUAAAGAUACUGCCCAGGAGAUUGUCUUUUCUCUUGGCGAGAUGUCUGGUGCUGUCAGAGCUGAAGGCCUGAGAGAAGUGUUGUCAGCCGCCACUGGCCAGGAGAAGAAGAAAGGGCAAAUCUUGUAUGACUUCAUGGCUCAGGGUGAUGACGAGGUAACCGUGGCUGUCGGAGACGAAGUGAUUAUUCUGGAUGACUCCAAGAGCGACGAAUGGUGGCAAGUGAGGCGACUCAAGAAUGGCAAGCAGGGCGUUGUCCCCAGUAGCUACGUCGAGAUUACCGGUACUAUGGCGGUUCCAGACAGCCAUAAAGGGGUUAAUGCAGGAAUGUCGGCAGUAGAACAAAACAGGCUCGAGGAGCAAAAGCUUGCCAAGGAAGCGCUAAAGGCAGGCCGUGGAGAGGGGGAUAGAGCGCCAGAGGUAGGCCCUGGAAUGAUUUUGCCUCCGAGAGGCAGUAGUUUGCAUGCCCCAAUCAACAAUAACCGUGCCGAUGAACAGAGGAGUAGGCGCGAAUCGAGACAACCCGAGUCUGGAAGUUCACGAGGCCCUAAAGCUAAACCGGAUCCAUCGAAAGUUCGCACAUGGACCGACCGGUCAAAGUCGUUCAGCGUUGAGGCCCAAUUUCUCGCCCUGAAAGAUGGCAAGAUCAAUCUGCAUAAGAUGAAUGGCGUCAAGAUUGCCGUACCAGUUUCUAAGAUGUCUAUUGAAGAUCUUGAAUACGUCGAGAACAUGACUGGCGUAUCCCUUGACGAAGAUAAGCCAUUAUCGGAGUAUAAGAAAUCGAAGGCUAGAGAGUCUAAAGCGGGCGCAAGCAUCGAAAAGAAGCCGAACCAUGAUUGGUUUAAUUUUUUCUUGUUGUGUGAUAUCGGAGUUGGCCUUUGCGAACGUUACUCCCAAGUGUUCAACAGGGAUAACAUGGAUGAGAGCGUGCUUCCCGACGUUGAUGCAACAGUCUUGAGGAACCUGGGGCUACGCGAAGGAGAUAUCCUCAAGAUCAUGAGACACCUCGAUACCAAGUAUAACCGGAAGGGCAAGAAGGGAUCCGAUGAGGCGGAAGGCGAAGGCGGUCUAUUUUCUGGCGCUGGGGGCGCUCUGAGGAACAACACCCGGAAAGGGCGACCAGCACCGACAACCCAAACGAAUGAUACCGUGGAUCCAAAGGCAUUUUCCCAGCAGAACUCUGGAAAACCACAAACGAAUACACUAGCGGAGUCUGUUCCCACCCCGAUUGCAUCGGCACCUGCCCCAGUUUCGAAGUCAGCAUCUGGUGGCUUCGACGAUGAUGCUUGGGAUGUCAAACCUGCGAAACAAGCACAGCCACAGCCACAACAAGCUGCUCCUACCCCGGUGCAGCCGCCUCCACCAACCUUGACUGGUUCGAUGCAAGAGCUCUCUCUAUUGUCGCAGCCGCUACAGCCUACAAAGGUGGAACCUGUAACACCACAGCCCCCUCAACAACAAGCACAAGCCCAGCAGCAACUUUCUCAACCUACUGGUGCAAGUCCAUCAUUCUUCACAAAUCUCCCACAGCCCGAAAGUACGCAACAGCAACAGGGUUUCCAGCCUCAGCAAAAUAUUGCCCGCCAGCGUCCAGCUGCACCACAGUUUUCUGGUGGCCAAGGCUCUUUAAUGCCGCCGCCUCCAGCGCGACCCCUGUCGGCACCACAAACGGCCCAACAGAGUGCAUUCGGCCCUCCACCUCCUUUGCAGCCACAGAUGACUGGUAUCCCUAGCCAGCCAACGGGCUACCAGUCUAUUGCACCUCCAGGGCAAAGUCUAGCCGAGAUGAACCAAAUGAGAAUGCUGCAGCAGCAUCAGCAACUGCUGCAGCAAUAUAACCAGCAACAGAUGCCGUUCCAGCCCCAAAUAACUGGCUUCCCUAACCAGCAAAACAUGAUGAUGCCUCAGCCAACCAGUUUCCAGCCAAACCAGAACUUCAUGCAGAGCCAGCCCUUAGCGGGCCCAUUUGCUGAUCCACGGGGAAUUCAACCAUUCUCGCCUAUCCAGAGCCAGCCAACCGGAUUCCAAAGCCCGUUCAACCCGCAGCAACAAUACCCCCAGCAGACACAGCAGACAGGCGUCAACAACUACCUCCCUCCUGCAUUGCAGCCCCAGAAAACUGGCCCGAUGUUCUCUCAGCCAACCGGUAUGAACAACUUCGGACAGGGACCUGUUCCCCCACUUCCACCUAUGCCUCAGCAGGCUCCUGCGCCGCUACUUCCUCAGAAGACUGGACCUCCCCCACCAGUACGCUUCGGCGUGAAGCCCGACGCGAAGAAGCUCGCUCCCCAACCAACAGGCAAGAGAGCCAACCUUGCAGCAGCUACUCCCGACAAUCCCUUUGGUUUCUAGUCAAUUACAGCCCUGGUUGUGCAUUUAUUUUCGCGUAGCGUCGUUUUCGUAUUAUAUUGUAUAUACAACUUAUACACACGGCAGCAUAGCGAUUGGAGGCCUUCUGUGUACUGCGAAGCAUCGGGUACGGUGCUUUGUAUUUUUUGCGGGUUAUCACGAGGGCGUUGAGACAUUUGCGCCUUUUACGUUCAGAUUUCCGAGACAGAUAGCAAACGAGAAGAUAAUGCUCUUUUGAUAUUUGGAGCAC